AGAUAGUUUUAUAUUGUUUUAAUUUAUUAAGACGUCACUGUAUUGACUAAACACUAAAUUUUAUUUGAGCACCUUGAAGCACGGACUAAUAUUACGUUGACUGAGUUGAUCGGUUGUCAUAUUAUCCUAACCUACAAGAUUCCCAACAAAACACACAAAAAUGGCAAAAUUAUUGCCCAGAAUUUUAUCACAAUUUGGCCGAUUAUCACUUCAAAAUGUAUCAAAAAUCAACGUUAACGGCCCCAGAUUAGUUUCCUCGAUAAGUUUAUCGGCUAGACGGUAUUCGACUGAACCUACACCAUACGAAAUCGUUGAUGAGGAACUGGACCAAAAGACUACCAAUGAAAUCAUAGCCAAAGUAAAUGAACAAGUAGAACAAGCAAAACAAGGCAGACUAUUUGCCAUAGUCCACUUAGCAGGAAAACAGUUAAAAAUAACCGAAGGAGAUGUGGUGAUAGUGGAAGGAUAUUGGCCUCCAGAGUGUGGCGAUAAAAUAUCUCUUGACAAGGUGUUGGUAGCUGGUGCUCGGGAUUUUACCCUUAUAGGACGACCUAUCAUCCAAAAAGGUUUAAUUAACAUUGAGGCCACCGUAAUUGAAAAAACUCUUUCUCACACCAAGACACAUUUUAGAAAGAAGAGGAGGAAACAAUAUAUGAGGAUUAAUUUUUAUAGAAUUCCACAAACUUAUUUGAGGAUAAACAGCAUUCAAGUUAAAGGGGAGCUGAAUAACCCACCUCAAGUCCAAGGUUUAGAAAAUGUGGUAUUUUAAAGUGUAGAUUUAUGGUUGUUAAUAAAGAUAUUAAAUAUUUCUUAAACAA